GUUCUGGGAGCGGGUCCGAGGGGGUAGCGGUGGGCGGGCCAAGUCCUCAGGCUGUUAUUUGGUGGACCUGGCCUGCCUUUUUCCCCCGGAGUCCUCCGCCCAUCAGCGCCCCAUUUUCCCGACAGCUUCCAGUUCCCCACCGCACUCACCUCAGCCCUUGACCUCGUGCCCCUGCCAUCCCGCAACUUUGCAGCUCAACCUCCAUCCCCCCGUCCUUCCGUGCUUCGCUUCCUCCUUUCUCUUCCGUAGCCUGCGCCCCCGGCUUCUCCUCGUCUGCCUUCCAUAAACCUGGAUCGCCCACAAGGUUGUGGUCCGGGUGCCUGCACCAUCCCCGCACCCACACACAAAGAACUACCCCCCGACCCCGACCCCGACCCCGACCCCGACCCGACCCCGCCGCCACAACUCCAUCCACCGGCACACUACGCGCACCAAAGCCUUCGGCUGCGGAAGCCGACGGCGCGUUGGGCCCCUGUGUCGUCAAGGGCCAGGAGCAAAGGUUCCUAUGUUGACUAGUUGAAACAUAUGAGUAUGGCCUUCUACAGUUAUAAAACAAUCUUAUCUAUUGCCCGAACAAGAUUCCCUAGCUAUUUUGUCCAUCCUACCAGUUCUUCUUAUUCCCCAUCAUUUGCAUAUCUUCACUUGCCAGAUUCUCAUUUAAGUAAAACAUAUAUGAAGAACUAUGUAAGCAAGAAGUACUCCUACCCUAAUCAGUCAGGCAAUAAAGUACUUUACUUACGAACUAGAAUAAUACAAAAGUUACACACGUCAACUUGCUGGUUACAAGAAGUCCCUGGUAAACCCCAGCUGGAUCAAACCCCAAAAAAGCCACAGGUGACAAGCCCUCAGCCCUCAAAAGGAACUGGCACAAAGAUUAAGGAAGAAAAGCGAUCUUAUAGACAAAGAAUUAUGGAUGAACUGAAAUAUUAUUACAAUGGAUUCUACUUGCUAUGGAUUGACACCAAAGUUGCUGCCAGGAUGGUUUGGAGGCUGCUGCAUGGACAGGUGCUGACCAGACGAGAAAGACGAAGGCUCUUGAGGACUUGUGCCGAUUUUUUCCGCCUGGUUCCAUUUAUGGUGUUCAUAAUUGUACCCUUCAUGGAAUUCUUAUUACCAGCAUUUCUGAAAUUCUUCCCAGAGAUGUUACCAUCAACUUUUGAAAGUGAAUCCAAAAAGGAGGAAAAACAGAAAAAGAAAAUGGCUGCAAAGUUGGAACUAGCAAAAUUUCUUCAAGAAACAAUUACAGAAAUGGCAAGGAGGAACAGGGCCAAGCUGGGAGACGCCUCCAUACAGUUCUCAUCCUAUGUCAAACAGGUCCAGACAGGCCACAAGCCCAGCACAAAGGAGAUAGUUCGCUUUUCCAAACUAUUUGAGGAUCAGCUAACCCUGGAGCACCUAGAUCGACCUCAGCUGGUUGCCCUUUGCAAGCUGCUAGAAUUGCAGUCCUUUGGAACCAACAAUUUGCUCCGCUUUCAACUUCUGAUGAAACUAAAGUCUAUAAAAGCAGAUGAUGAAGUAAUUGCGAGAGAAGGGGUGAGUGCUUUGAGCGUGUCAGAACUGCAGGCUGCCUGCAGGGCUCGAGGGAUGAGAUCCCUGGGUCUCACAGAAGAGCAACUGAGACAGCAGCUCACAGAGUGGCAGGACCUCCACCUGAAGGAGAAUGUCCCUCCUUCUCUGUUGCUUCUGUCACGAACCUUCUACCUGAUAGAUGUGAAGCCAAAGCCAAUUGAGAUACCACUAAGUGGGGAGUCUCCCAUAACAGAUACUCCUGUGGAAUCACCUACUUCUCCUGAAUCUAAAGAGACGCUGGUGGAUUUAGCACCUCCACUGAAGGGAACUCAGGAUGAAAAAUUUAUACAACUGCCACCAGUUCCAUCAUCAUCCAUAACACCAACACCUAUUUCGUUACCUAAAGGACCCAUCACUUCCGCUAAAGAAGCUACACUCCAGGCCAAAUCACAAAAGAUAAUGCAGAACAGCAAGGCUAGUUCAAAAGGAGCAUAAGGACUACUGGAGGAUGAAGCUCACUGUCCUCAGCUUCCUGCCCUCGGCGGUGGCCUCCAUACAGGACUGCCCAGACCAUCUGUCUGGUUGAAGCAGAGGAUCAGCCAUGUUGUCCUUGAGGCAGUCCUUUGAGGCCUUGUAACCAUUCCAGAUGAUGUCAGCAGUGAGACCAAGUUCAGACCAUUUAGAAAUAUAAUUGCAAAGCCAA